UGUAACUGUACUCUGUUGAUACCUGUCCAGGUCCAUGGUCUGGAUGCAGACACCUGGAAGAAGGUGGACGUUGUUCACAUCGACAUCGCAGACCGCAGUCAGGUGGAUACCAAGGACUACAAGCCGGAGGAGGACCCCUCUAAGUUUAAGUCAGUGAAGACUGGAAGAGGACCACUUGGACCAGACUGGAAGAAGGAGCUCCCUAAGAAGACAGACUGCCCACACAUGUGUGCCUACAAACUGGUGACAGUCAAGUUCAAGUGGUGGGGCCUGCAGAACAAAGUGGAGAACUUCAUCCAGAAGCAAGAGAAGCGUCUGUUUACCAACUUCCACCGUCAGCUGUUCUGCUGGAUCGACAAGUGGAUCGAACUCACUAUGGAGGACAUCCGUCACAUGGAGGACGACACACGCAAAGAACUGGACGAGAUGAGGGUGAAGGACCCAGUGAAAGGCAUGGUGGCACUGGAGGACUGAUGAGGCUUGAGGCAGACAGACAGACUGGCAGACAGACAGACUGACUGACCCUGCUGCUGAUCAGAACUGUAAACCUGACAGACACCAACGGAUUCAACGCUCCUCCUCUUCCUCCUCUUCCUCUCUCUCUGUCAACAGGGCUUGUCUGCCCCCCCCC